AGGAAGUCCUUGGAUCACCAGAAGAUUGUUGAGAUACCGUGGCGGGCAGAUUGGUCUGUGUGGAGGCGUGUGUGUGGAACCGGCAUACCUGUCGUUUUACGGUAUUUACGUGACAUGUAGGGUUAGAAACGGCAACGAAACUUAGCUGCCAUGGCGUCGGGACCGGGGAAAACGCCGCAAGAUGUGGACAUGAGGCACUACACGCCGCCGAACACCCCGCUGAAGUCUCCCGGGGAAGGGGAGGGAGGCGGGGCGGGGGGACAGGACGGCGGGGAGGCCGCCGUGUCCUCUGCGGUAGACGAGGGGGGAGGGGCCGAGACGGACGGAAAGGAUCCCGAUCGUGAUCCCAAGACACCGACAACGCCCCAAGAGCAUGGAGAUCAAGCCGAAGAUGCCAAAGACGAACCAGAUGCCGCGAUGACGGCAGAAGAAGCGUACGAUGAGCCCGACCGUGCCAGCAUGUGGUCCGUCCACAUGAUCAAAGACUUCCGUUACUACUUCCAGCACCCGUACGCGAGGCUGUUCGUGGCGUACCUUGUCGUGUUCUGCAACUUCCUGAUGUUUGCGGAGGAUCCUGUUUCCCACGGCAUCACACCAGCGAAUGUGAUUGUCGUGGGAAACAUUUACUCCUUUAUUGUGGACAAGUACCCAGGGGGUGCGUGGAACGUGUUCAAGGUCUUCAUGUGGCUCCUGGCCAUCGUUGUAGGGAUGAUCCUGGGCAAGUUUCUUGUACACAAGCUGUUCUUUGGCCGCCUGCUGCGCCUGAAGAUGUUCCACCGUGACGGCGGCUCGUGGUUCAUCAUGUUCCUCACCACCCUCAUGAGCCUCUUCAUCUUCUCCAACAUCUACAACGGCAUCAUCCUGGCCGCCGGGCUGAACUACGACCUGCAGAUCUCCGACGUCAUGGGCCUGCGCAACUCCUCAUUCAUGAAGGCUGCGGCUCUCGGCACAUGGAUGGGAGACUUUGUCACUGCAUGGAUGGUGACAGAUAUGAUGCUCCAGGACACCCUCUACGAGACGUGGGCUCGACCCGUCCGCCACUGGUGGCGCCAAGGCUGGCACCGCAUCAUCCUGUUCUGGACCGUGCUGCUGUCCCUCACGGGGGUCGUCGUCAUGGUGAUCACCACCGACUACAUCGACUGGGACUACCUGAACCGCGGCUUCCUGCCGACCAAUGAGCUGAGCCGAGCCUUCCUGGCCUCCUUCAUCCUGGUCAUGGACCUGCUCAUUGUCAUGCAGGACUGGGACUUCCCACACUUCAUGGGUAGUCUGGACAUCAAACUGCCCGGUAUCAACACUACCCAUAUCAGGCUGCACAUCCCCAAGUGUCUGCGGAAAGACGAGUGGACGAUACACGUCACAGGGAAGUGGUUCAACUAUGGAAUCAUCAUGUUGGUGAUCAUCCUGGACCUGAACAUGUGGAAGAACCAGAUCUUCUACAAGCCGUUUGACUACGGGCAGUAUGUGGGGCCGGACGACAGCAUCCACUUUGUCCGGGACAUCGACACCCUUCAGGGCGACCUGUUCAACCGGACCACGCUCACGUACGACUGGCGUGCCAACCACACUGACCCAGCAACAAAUCUGACAUAUUUGGAAAGGGACCUUCAUAUGCAUUCCAAAUAUAUCGGAUUCACGCUGGGUGUCAAAGGCAUCGCUUUCGUCCCGGGCCUGAUGGCCUUCGUCACGUUUGGUGUCCUCAUCUGGUGGUACGGACGCUUCAAGCCCAACGAGAAGGAUCCCCACGCAGACCGCUACGUUAAGAGGAAGAGGUCAAAGAGACGGAGGUUGUGGCAGAAGAAUGCCACUGAGCCGAAAACAACUCUUGUAUCGCUGACAAACGUUCAGCCUCUGAAUACUUUGCCGCCGCCGCCGGCAUCGUACGACAUCCCUGAUACAGAACGGGAAAAUGGGGGACCGGCUGUCCCGGCACAGAACGGAGCAGCACCCACUCCGGAGGGACCGGUCAAAGUUCAAGUGCUGUCAAAUGUGUGAGAAGAGCCCCGGGAGCGACAGCACUCCCGGGUCGAAAGUCUCGAAAUACUGUGGGAGGAGUUUGAGGAAUUCUGGGAAGACCAUUGCCAGUGUUGGAGGUGCGGACUGUCCUAUCAUGUAUCGACUGCCGAACAGGCUAACGCUGGGCCUGAUCAGCGGUACCGACAACCACGUCUGUCUUGAAGCACGCUGGCCAUUCUUCGCUGAAGGAAUGGCCUAGUGUGGUUCAGUGUGCUACAUGUUUUUGUCAUGAUCUAGUAGCUCUCUACAUGUGUUGUGGUAGAGACAGAGGUAGUCGACAGUCCAAAACUCAAACCGUGUCGUAGUUGAACACUAAAGAACGUAGAAAACAUUAUCACUAUCAGCAAUGGUUUCCAACAUAGUGAAGAGCUAAUUCCCAGACUUAAAGCCCACAUUGCCCCUGAACCCAGCAUCACACUUGGGUUCUAUGCUGUGAAGAAACCUUAACAGCAAGAAAAGUCAAGAUCCUGCAAUACCAUUAACACCAGCAAGGGGCUCUUUUCACACAAUUGAGGCAAACUCUUCCAAAUAGUAGAAGACAUAAGUAGCCAUUUGUUGCAGGAAGUGUAUAGUUGCAUGGAGAAAUAAAAAAAGACAUGAUCUUGAUACCAAAGGAAAUUUACUGUCAAGGGGAAAUUGUACUUAAAAGACAUAAUCUCUCCUUAUUCUCAAUUCUCAGAGAGAAAAUUUUAUCCUAAUGAAUCAUGUUUAAUGAUUUUGUGUUAAAACAGAUUUAUUGCAAUCUAAAAACAUUUAAUGAAUGAAAAGGGGUUGUAAAAAGGAGAGCUGAAAUAUAUUGACAUAAAUGUUCUGUGAGAAAAUGUAGAUAUUUUGAUAUCUAUAUUACGUUUUGUAUAAAAAGUAUGUAAAAAACGGCAAAUUGUUGACCCGUAUCACGAGGGUACAUUUUGUCAGGAUAUAUAGACCGUGUCUAUGUCAUAGAAAUAAGAAAUGUAGCCACUAUUAAUGUACAUGUAUUGACUACUACUUCAUCACCCACUGUGAAUGUUAACUAUUGACAAAAUAAUCAUGGAGGGUAUCAUUACACUACCCCAAAUUUCUACUGUAACAGUAGGGAAAGUAGACGGCAGCUAUGGAAAGUUCAUUUUAUAUGGUGGAUUUCAUCUUGGAAACAAGCAAACACACAAAAGUGUGACAUAUUAACAGACCAAAGUGAACUUUUUGAUUGACUGUGAUAGAACAUGCCAUGUUCAAUAUGUUUUGGAGUUGGAAAUUCUAAACUGUCAGAUUAAGAAAUAGAUAUUGAACAGGCACAUUUUAACAAACAAACGUUUGAAAUUUCAGAGCGGACAAGUAACUGAAAAAAACUUUGUUUCAGUUAUUUUCACUUAGCAGCAGUAUAAUAAAAGUGAAAUCUGUUAGUUACCAGAUACAUGAAGAGCUAUUUGUGAAGUAAUUGUUAAGUAGCAGCUUGUACUUGUUGAUAGCAUAGACAAUCACUUUGUAGUGGCUUUGCUGUGAUUCUUGCAUCUGACUGUUAAUGAGCUUUCCUGCAAUACUGGUCUCAAAGUGUGACCAAAAUGUGUGAAGUUACAGUCACAGAGUGUUUUUAUUAAAAGACUUCACCAGUAA